UGCAUUAGUGCGCAGUGCUUAUGACAAUGGUAACAGGUCCUACAGAACAAGGAAUGCAAGCUGAUGUUAUAUUUGUUAUUGAAGGAACGGCUGUUAAUGGCGCAUAUCUUAAUGAUCUCAAAACAAAUUAUAUCAUACCAACAUUAGAGUAUUUUAAUCAAGGUAGCAUAGAAGACAGGGAAUAUAUCUCUGAGAACAGCACAACAUUAUAUGGGAUAGUUGUUUAUCAUGCAGCGGAUUGUUUACCGGCACCUUGUACAGAGACCUUUGGUCCUUACACAAAUCCACAUAAAUUGCUGAUAGUACUAGAAAAGCUCGAAAUGGUUGGAGGAAAGGGUGAAUCCUAUGCAAACAUAGGUGAAGGUCUAGCAACAGGAUUGCAAUGUUUUGAAGAUUUACAAUUGAAACGAGAGCCCAACACAGCAUCCCAAAAACACUGCAUCUUAAUAUGCAAUUCACCUCCGUAUCAAAUUAUGAUUCAAGAAUGUUACAAGUUUGCUGGUCAUACUAUUGAGCAAUUGGCUGCCAUUUAUCAAGAGAGGAACAUCAACAUCUCUAUAUUAUCACCAAGAAAGAUCCCGGCGUUGUUUAAGUUAUUCGAAAAGGCCGGUGGUGACUUGCAGUCAUCACAAACGAAGAAUUAUGCCAAGGACCCGAGGCAUUUGGUGCUUUUGCGUAAUUACAACUUGAAGGAACGUCCCGUCAGCCCCGUUAUGGGCGGUAACGUUCACAAUGCCGCCGCCACCGCGGCACAAAUUCCUUUGAGCCCGUUGCAGAGUAAUGACAGCCCGAACACGAAUCAGGUGCAGCAAAAUAUCGCUCCGCCGAGUCAGCCGCAAGGUUCUCCCUUCAGGAGCCAGGCGCCGCAGAAUAUCUCCUCUGUGCAUCAGGCCGUGACGCCAUCCAUGGCGGCUCCGAUGAACACCGCGCGCCCGCCUUACAAUCCACAAAUAGCUGCGCCACCAAAUUAUCAUCCAGCAGGCUUGGGUCCAAGGACAACGCAUACCAGAUGGAUGCGGCCGUUCAUAGCUCCUGGAGCAACCGCGCCCGCAAAUACGCAGAACAGCAGCGCGCUGAUAGCGCAACUGACGCAACCACCCUCGUUAGGACUCAAUGUAGCUACGUUCGGCCAAAGAUUAGAUGUUGCUGGAAAUAACGUUAUGGCACCUGGACCACAACAGCAGCAGCAACUUACACAGCAACAGCAACAAAUGCGAUUGACGAUGCAAUUGCAACAACAAAACGCGCAACAAGCUACCAUGUCUAUGAAUGCCCAGCCGACCCACAGUCAGCCAGGAUCACAGCUUACUGUAUCUUGUAUGAGUCAGUCGGUGCCCACUCAAGUGCCACAAACUGUCACAGCUUCGCAAGCACCAAUCGCAGUGUCCUCUGUUACGCAACAGAUUGCACCUCCUCAGGCACAGGGUAAUGUGCAAGGUACUGUACAAGGCACUGUACAAGGCCAACAACUCGUGCAACGUGAGCGUCAGAAUAUCUGGCAAGGUAUUUUGGAGUGGAUUGAGAAGGCCAAGAAUCCCACAGAUACGCAGAAACAGACAAGACACGUGCCAUGUCAAGUGUCGGCUAAUUCGAAAGACGGAGACCCAGAAUUGAAAGCGGAUACAUGGCCGCCAAAAUUGAUAAUGCAAUUGAUGCCGAAACAAUUGAUAGGAAAUAUCGGCAGUUCCUAUCUAAAAAAUUCCAAAUCUGUUAUUUUCCAUCCUACGCCAUGUGAAGCGCUGGAAUCCUUGACGAAAAUGAUGAGCGCCGGAUUUGCCGGUUGCGUUCACUUCACCUCAGUCCCGCCGAGCCCAGCUUGUGAAAUCAAAGUGCUUAUACUCUUAUAUACUGCAGAGAAAAAAUCAUACCUGGGUUUUAUUCCGAACGAUCAAACAGCUUUUGUAGACAGUCUGCGUAAAGUGAUACAACAGCAGAAGACGUCUCAUGCCUCUAUGAGACAGGGACAAGGCAAUCCUGGCCCGGGGAAUACGAUUCCGGCGCCCAUGCCUACUACAGGCACGCAGGGCGGUAUUCUUAUGUCCCAAACGAACACCAUGGCGAUGGGUGGUGGUCAAAUAACGCAAAACGUUAUAUCUAGCAAUGCUUCCCCGCAAACUUUAAAUUCGACUGUCCCGCAAACUCAAAUGAAUAUGCAGAAUACCGGCAUUAGUGGACCUCAAGCGAACGCCGGUGCCGGAGGCAUGAUCACUCAGCAGAGACCUCCGUUUGAUGAUUUGGAACUUGCCAGACAUCAAAAUUUAUUAAAGAUCCAACAGUUGAGGCAAACAUUGGAGGCUGCGCAGCAGCAAGAGGCGCAAUAUAAAUCGCAAUUAGAAGUAAACAUUCAACAGAAUUUGGAGGUUGCGCAGCAACAAGAAAUGCAGUAUAAACAGCAGCUUGAGGCGCAACAGGCACAAAGAGGCCUCAAUCCAGCUGCCAUGGCCAACCAACAAGCAAACACUCAAAGGAUGAUGCGUCCUGUCACUACCAAUAAUCUCGGUCUUAGACACUUGUUACAACAGCCACAAUCUCAGUACAGACAACAGGUGUUUGGAGUGCAGCAACAAAUGGUUGGACCAAGAGGUCAGAUAACAGCCAGACCAAUGGCACCGGGUAAUGCACAAAAUCAGCAGUUCGAGGACGUACCGAAUUAUGACUUUUUGAAUUAAGCUUUGUUAACAAGUGAUUUGUUAAUGUUUAAUAAUCAGUAAUGUAAGAAUCAAAUGUCGAGUCAAUCUCAACUCAUAGUGCAAUUGUUAUUUUAUAUCAGAAUAAUAUAGAGAAUGACAGUUUUCUACUUUAUCUUUCAAAAAAACACAUGCAAGUGUCACUCUUCGAUUUUACUAAAUUUUAGAUAUCGAAAAAUGUGAAAGACACCACUACAUACUCGUUACAGGAGUUUUUCCUGUAAUAAGAUAUUGUAGUUUAGGAUAAAAAGGAGACGCGUAUCUUUUUAAAGAUGCUCUUAAACGUAUUGAAGAGGUGAAACAUCCUCUUGAAAAAAUCGAUAUUUAUUUUUUAGCGAAUAUUGAUGAAAAACGCGAAAACGAUGAAAAACGACACUUGCGUGUUUUUUUAAAACAAAUUUUCAUAUUAAAUUUUUAGUUUAAUUUAUUGAUGAAUGUUUAAGUUAUUUGUUAUUUAUACAAAGAAUUUGUACAAUAAUCGGAGAUAAAUUUUUUUUCAAGAA